AUGCGUCAGGUUCCGGCCCCAGAACAAGAUCGAGCUGCACGAAGGCGGGUUGAUCUGCGUCGAGAAGAACUGCGACCAAUCCUUCUACUUGAAGGCACGCUGGCCGUCACAUCGUUUUGUUUGUUUGUUCGUCCCUGCUACGGGAAGCGUCUAACGCAGCGCGAAUUCCAGGAUGAGAAGGAGGAGAAGACGCUGUUCACGUUCGACCGGACCUUCUACCAGGACUCGUCGCAGCAGGAAGUCUUCAGCUACGUCGCACUGCCCGUCGUGCAGGAUGCUCUUUCGGCAAUCAACGGCACAGUGCUCGCGUAUGGUCAGACCGGAGCGGGCAAGACGCACACGAUGGAGGGGCCCAACAUGCUCAUCGACGACCCCGAGAGUUCCGGCAUUCUCCCACGCGUCGCCAAGGAGAUCUUCGUCCGCAUCAAUGCGGACCUCUACGAUGUGUCAAAGGACAACCUGGUGGUGAAGGAGGACCAAACCCGAGGGAUCUCCAUUGCCGGCGUCACCGAGAUAUAUGUUGAGGGCGAGAAGGAAAUGCUUCAGCUUCUUGAGGUACGCUGUUCUCUGACUUUCUGCAUUCGUUCGUUGGAUGCCCACAUAAGUUUACUGACUCUUUUCUUUCAGGCUGCAAUCAAGAAUCGGGCUGUUGGGGCCACCAACAUGAAUCAGGCAAAUGUCUUUGGCAGCUCGCAAGUUGGGAAGAUCUACCUUGUGGAUUUGGCUGGCUCGGAGAAGGUUGAAAAGACAGGGGCGGAAGGACGACUGCUUGAUGAGGCCAAGAUGAUCAACAAAUCACUCUCUGCCUUGGGGAAUGUCAUUAAUGCCCUCACAUCCGAUAAGGCGUCGCACAUCCCCUAUCGUGACUCCAAGCUCACUCGGAUUUUGCAAGAAUCGCUGGGUGGAAAUUCACGUACAACUUUACUCUGCUGCUGCUCCCCUUCCACUUACAACUAUGCAGAAUCCGUAUCUACUGUCCGCUUCGGGUUAAGGGCGAAGCAAAUCAAGAAUAAGCCUGUCGCCAAUAGAGAGGUGGGGCGUGGGGAACUCCAGCGGCGCUUGCAGGAUUCAGAGCUGGAGUGCGAGUUGCUGAGGCAGCACAUUCAGACCCUCACCCUGGCCAUUCAAAGGCUUCCUGGUGGAGGUGAGGUUCUGAAGGACGUUGGCGAUCCAAUCGGCGAAAAAACUUCAGGAUCCAAUUGCAUGAAGGGAAGCCAAAUGCUUGCUGCGUGCAUUGAGGGGCUGCAUGGCCUUCUUUCCAGUGAGGGCAUGGCUCUGGCGUCUGAGCUACCCACCAUUGAAGACAUGAGUGACAUUCCAAAGCUGCUGCCUGCUGUGGUGGAGAAACACCUCUCUAGUCAGUCCAGUGAGGGAAACGAUGAGAAGGAUUUGAAGUAUCUUGAAGAGGCGAUGGAUGAUAUGGCUGCCCGUCUCAAGAAGCUGGAAGCCAAGAUUGCAAGAUAG